AUGGUUAUGAAGAAUACUGGGAAGCAUUGCCGUGAUGGUCUCAUUAUAUCAGCGCCUGAAAAGAAUCUCUUUAAUACGAUCAUUUGUCUAUUUGGCCUACUAUAUUGUUUUAUUGGUGUUGCGACUGCUUCUAAUAUAUUUAUGCGCUCAAUUGAACGAAUAGCAUCAACCACAAGAGUCAAAAAGAAAUCGGAAGGAAAGUUAAAGAACGAUGCUUUGCUUGCUUCACAAGGCGAAGAAUAUGAGAACAUUUAUGUUUGGAAUCCAACCGUUGCAAAUCUCACCUUAAUGGCUCUUGGAAGCAGUGCGCCUGAAAUACUUUUGUCUAUUAUUGAAAUUGUAGGAAAUUCAUUUAAAUCUGGUGAGCUUGGACCAGGAACCAUUGUUGGUUCUGCCGCAUUUAAUCUUCUCUGUAUUACAUCAAUUUGUACAUUGGUCAUACCAUCGCCAAGAGUUAGUCAAAUAAAAGAAAUGGUCAUCCUUACCGUAAUCUCUCCAAAUGUUGUGGAAAUUUGGGAAGCUGCUAUUACACUUGCAUUUUUCUUCAUUCUCAUCGUGGUCGCUUAUCUCGCAGAUAUUAAAAUAUGGAAGAAGGAAAAAAUGGAACAGAAAUUCGACUUCGAAGAUGAAAUAGCAUUUGACUCGGCUAUUGAAUCGAAAAAAAUGAAUAUGGAAGAAAUUGAUAAAAAAAUGCAGCAACUAGCUGAACGAAAAAUGGCUCAACAUUAUAUGGCAGGAAUUUCCUGA